UCCCCCGUGAAGUGUGGCGGAGACCGAAACAGCUGUUCUGCUGCUGUAUGGUUGCUUUGACAGAGGGAUCGAAGGAUAAAGCGAAUGUUUUAUCUAAAUUUAACUCUUUUAAAUGAUAUCGCGAAUAUUCCGUGGCGAAAAUGAGAAUGUCGCAGUCAAGAGAAAACGGCAAAUUGACACCUUGAAAAUUUUUAAUGACAAUGUAGUAGAAUUAAGAGAAGAUGUGGAGUAUCAGGUACAAUUCAAUGCUGGGGAAAGGAGAAUGGCUAUUAUGGUUUCUUUAUCACCAGAGUUUCCGUUGGAAAAGCCAGCACUUAGGGUUUCUCCACCUGUGAACCAUCCUUGGUGCAAUGAACACAGCGAAAUCACAAGCGCACCAGGGCUACUUAAUUUUACAGUGCACAGUGAUCUUGGUCGUGUUGUUCAAGCUAUCAUUAGAGAAUUUAGUAAAAACCCUCCACAGUUAUUAGAAGACAUCUCUCCUGGAUCUGUGAAAUCACAUAGAGAUUUACAAGGAAGAAAUUCACCAUCUUACUCCUUGCAACAAUAUCAGGAAAUUCCAUCUACAUCGUUCAACUCUUACUACACCGCGCAAUAUCCGCAGUUUUCAUCUGCCAGUGCAAACACUUGCAUUUAUAAUUACAAUCACACGAAUUCAAGUACCGCAUAUGUGACGGACAGCCAUACGAAUUUCGGUUCUCCAUCGCAACAUUCGGCGUACCUCACGGGUUCAAGAAGUAGUUCGCUUCAUAAUGCAGACCCGACAAGGUACAAUUCUAAUCAGCAUGGAACAUACUUGAAUUCGCACUACGUAAACGCGAAUUACCAUCAACAAUCAUUGAAUCAAACGCAAUCGAAGAUUCGCCAGAGCGUAGAGUUUCCAGAUUUAAAUAAUUUAACUACUGAGGAAUUGAAACUGCUUAGCGAAGAUGAAGACAGAUUAGACGAAUUCCUAAAUAAACAUUCCGAGUUAAAAGACAUUAACACGACUAUUGAUGGUACUAUAGAUUGGGUCCAAAAAACUGCCGAGGCUAAUGUAGCCAAAGAACCCGAGCUUAGAGAAUUGCAGUCUAACGUAGUGAAUAAAGUACAGACUGUCGCUGCACUGAAGGCCAGAUACGAUCAGUUAAUACAACGAUACAACAAGUUGUCUGAAGUAUUUACUCCGGAUCACAUAAAGGAGUGUUUAAGGAAAGCGGCGGAUGAAAGUCACGAAGAAAGUGAGAGAAUCGCUGAGGACUUCUUGAAUAGGAAAAUCGAUGUCGAACGUUUUCUGAGCACGUAUAUUGAGUGUAGGAAGUUAGGUCAAGCGAGAAGAACUAAAGAGGAAAAGUUAGCACAUCAAUUAAACGAGCUGAAACGGGCCGGUUAUUAAAAUAAUGUAUGAUCUUACCUUUUUCUAUGAAUCGAACAAACUGUAAAUAAUGCCUAGUUAAAUUAAACGAUACUGUGAAUUUUAAUAGUAUUCGUGUUUAUCAAAUAUCUAUACGGCAAAAAUACUCGCUGGCUGAGAACAUUUUUAUAACGUAUUACAUACUACGUUGCGUCAUUGCUUGUUAUACCUACGCUGCGUCGAAAUUAAUUAGAUUUGUGUGGUAUUCCGAAUGAAAAAUAAUCGUAGAGCACCAUGUGUGCGAAAGCUAUUUGCAAGAAGAAAUUAUUAAGUAUGUGUAUAUAAAGUUAUUAAAAAACGAAGAAAAAAACCAAAGGCGCUGGUUCGAACCGAAAGAAACUACGUAAUACUUGAAUUAAUUUUAAAUGCACUUAUCUUUUCAUACAGAAAGUGUCUUUAAAUGAAUUUAAAUAUGCUGCUAUUGCGCUGUGACAUACUGCAAUGCAUCGAUAUAUCACACUGAUGAGGCACUUUUUUUUACUAUGUAAAUAAAUGUGCGGGAAUAAUAAUUAAAUCGAUUUUUCAAAGUUUGCUAUUCAGUAAUGUUAAUCUAAUUACUUAUCCUACGGAUGUUCCUAAUAUUGUAACAUACUGAAAUUGUAUAGAUAUGUGAAGUCUGAAAUGAGAAAAUGUUUUUUUUUAAACAGUGCGGCGUGUGUAAUCCCACUAGAAUAUUCGUUACCUUAUUAUUUAAGAACACAGCUUAAAUUUCGGUAAAAGAGAUAAGGUUUCGCGUUGAAUGAUAUAAGUUAAAAUGUGAAAAUAAUUAUGUAGAAAUCGUAAGCUGUAAAUAACCUAAGGAAACAAGUUUUUAAUAAAAAAAAGAAAAAAGAGAAG